AUGGGGGAGGGGUGUGUGGCAGGGAGGCUCUCCGUCGCGGGGGAGUCUGCGGCGAGAUCACUCUCGAGAGAAAUUAGAGAGGCAUGUGAUCGAACAACCCACCUUGUCUUCUGCACCACCUCCGGUGUGGACAUGCCGGGCGCCGACUACCAGCUGACCAAGAUGCUCGGUCUAUGCCCGUCCGUGAAGCGCCUCAUGAUGUAUCAGCAGGGCUGCUUCGCUGGCGGCACGGUGCUUCGCCUCGCCAAAGACCUUGCUGAGAACAACCAUGGCGCACGUGUGCUGGUGGUCUGCUCCGAGAUCACCGUGGCGACCUUCCACGGCCCGCACGAGUCCCACCUCGACUCACUGGUAGGUCAGGCGCUCUUCGGCGACGGUGUCGCCGCGGUGAUCAUCGGCGCAGACCCCGAUGUGUCCAUCGAGUGCCCCCUGUUCCAGCUGGUGUCUGCGAGCCAGACGAUUUUGCCCGACUCAGAGAGCGCCAUCGACGGCCACCUCCGGGAGGUCGGCCUCACCUUCCACCUCCUCAAGGAUGUGUCUGGCCUCAUCUCCAAGAACAUCGAGCGUGCCCUGGAGGACGCCUUCAAGCCAUUGGGCAUCGACGAUUGGAACUCCACCUUUUGGGUAGCGCACCCUGGCGGGCUAGCAAUCCUUGACAUGGUCGAGGCAAAGGUAAAGCUGAACAAGGAACGGAUGCGCGCCACCAGGCAUGUCCUUUCCGAAUAUGGCAACAUGUCAAGCGCAUGUGCACUCUUCAUCAUGGACGAAAUACGCAAACGCUCUACUGAGGAUGACCACACCACAACCGGCGAGGGAAUGGACUGGGGCAUUCUCUUGGGCUUUGGCCCCGGAUUCACCGUGGAGACGGUCGUCCUCCAUAGCGUCCCCAUCACUGCCUAG